AUGAACACUGCUACUAUUGCUUUCAGACCGCUUUUUGUCUCGUGGAAUACGCGCGCAGAGUCAAAGUUACGGCAGCCCCCGCUGCGUGGGUGCCUAGGAACCUUUCGGCCACAGGAGCUGCUCCCGGGCCUGAUCCACUUUGCGAAGCAGUCCGCCUUUCACGACCACCGCUUCAAUCCGAUUACCGCAGCAGAGCUGCCGCAGCUCGAGUGCUCCGUCAGUCUCUUGAGCCCAUUUGAGCCGUGCGACAACUACCUGGACUGGAAGCUUGGCGUGCACGGCGUCUACCUGUGUAUUAAGAACCCUGCGCUGGACGAGGAGUACGCCGAGCGCACCAAGACCCGCCGCUCCGAAGAGAAGGAGGAGCUUACCGUGACGUUCCUCCCUGAAGUCGCGCUCUCCCAGGGAUGGUCCAAGCUAGAGACCAUCGACAAGGCCAUCCGCAAGGCGGGGUGGAACGGCAAGAUCACGGAGCAGAUGCGCGAGUCUUUGCGCGUGUACCGAUACAGCAGCCACAAGGCGACCGUUACAUGGGGCGAGUUUGAUACCUGGAGGCGAUUAGAGAACGAUCCUAUCACGCGAGUAAUCAGUAUUCCUCGAGUAUCGACCUAA